GGGGCUGGAGCCUAUCUCAGGAAAUUUUGUGCAGGAUGUGGGAUACACCCUCUAUAGACCAAUUCAUUACAAGGCAUAUGUGUGCACACACACAUGCUGUGGGCAAAUUGGGAACACAAAUUGAAUAAUCCCUAUGUCUUUGGACUGUGGAAGGAUACCGGAGUACCUGGAGGAAACCGUAGGCUGGAAUCAAACCAAUAACUCUGGAGCUGCGAGGUAUCGAUUCUCGCCUUGUGUUUUCUCCAGCUUUAAAGAACAUCCAGAUCCAAAGGGAUAAAAUAAGCAGUUAAGUUAAGCAUUACCACUGGACUUUACAGCUCCACCCUGUAAGAGAGCUUUUUUUAUUUUUCCCUUUUGGAACAUUUUUUCUCUUGGAGUAUGUCAGGCAUUACUUUGAACUUGAAGUUUGAUGGCCCUGACCAUGAUAUGGGCCAAGAGAAAGCCAGUGGAAAUGCCAGACACCAACGGUUUUCUAGGAAGAGGCGCUACCUGGAGCAUAGAGGUUAUCUCAACACAAAGCAAAACACAAAUAAAAGUCAAGAAGGAGCAUUCAAAAGAAACAAAAAGCAUUGGAAAGGAAAGGCCCACUCACAACCGGGAGCUGUUUUUCCCAAAUUUACGUCUCUCGAGCCUGAAUUGUCCACCAAUCCCUACAAUUCCAUGCAGGACCACCAUGGAAACUCUGAAACCAUCAAGGAAUUUACAAUGCCUUCAAAGUCAACAUAUAAAACAGGAUCCAGUUCAGGACUGCCCAACCCAGUUAAGUACGUAGCGCUCGACUGUGAGAUGGUAGGGACAGGCCCCAAAGGUCAUUGCAGUGAGCUGGCUCGCUGUAGCAUAGUAUCCUAUGAUGGAGAUGUAAUUUAUGACAAGUUUAUCAAGCCUGUUAAUCCAGUCACAGACUUUCGCACUCGUUGGAGUGGAGUGAGAAAGAAAGAUCUCCAUAAUGCUACACCUUUCAAACAAGCUCAAAAAGAGAUUUUAAAGAUCCUUCGAGAGAAAGUGGUUGUGGGUCAUGCUGUCCAAAAUGAUUUUAAGGUUUUGCACUAUUCCCAUCCUGUUCACCUCUUGCGAGACACCUCAUGCAUUCCCAUCCUGAAUCGGAAAGCUGGUCUGCCAGGGAACCAACCUGCUGGACUGAAGACGCUUACAAAAGUUCUGUUGCACAGGGAUAUACAGGUGGGAAAGAAGGGCCACUCUUCAGUAGAAGAUGCAAAAGCGACCAUGGAGCUAUAUAAAAAAGUAGUAGUGGAAUGGGAGAGGACUUUGGCUUCAAAAACUGCUUCCUAGAGAGAAAAAAAACUGCUGGCUUAUGCCAAGCCUUCUACUUAAAUAAAGCUCUGUUUCACAAUAAGAUCUUUAUUUUAACCUUGUUUUACUUGAUUUUAAUUACCAACAAAAAAAAAUCUAUGUUUUUAUGCUACCUUCACAGUUUUCAAUGAUAGUUUAUUAAACAUCAUUGUUGGUUAAUCAACUUAUUAAA